CUAAUUAUGUCAUGGAGUUUAUCUGAAACAAAAGACCAUUACUGAACCUGCUAAUUUAAUUAUUGCAUCAAACAUCUAUCCUUUCAUCCGAAUAAUAAUUGCUAUUUCUGAUUGAAAAUUUUGUAAAGUAAUCGUUCAAAUGAACUGUGGCCAGUGCUGCACGUUGAAGCGAUGUCAUUCGCUGGAUGCGAACGAGCACUACGUAUCGAAGAGAAGUGUCAAGUGCCAUUCGGUUUUGUGGUCGAUUGAGAAUUUCUCAGUUUGUCUACAUGACGAGAAGCUAGAGAGUCCUAUUUUUGAGUUCGCAGGAGUGCGCUGGGCCAGUCAUAUUUAUCCGAAAGGGAUGGUAGGCGAACCCUCGAUGCCCAAUAAUUACGUACAGGUUUUUGUCAAAGUAAUCCAGUUUUCGUCCAAUCAAACACUCAAGUUUGAAAUUGCAAUAGUGGACAAAGACGGCAACCCAUGCUUCACUAAAAAGACACCACCAAAAAGACUGGAAGGAGCGAAUCAGUUCGGAGUCUGCUUCAAGAAAUUCAUGUCACACGAGUACUUAAACGACACUGACAAAUAUGCUCCCAAUGAUGUCCUGACAGUUCACCACAAAAUCAUUUUGAUUUCGGAAUCGGAAACGAGUAAACUUGAGUGUUCGUCACCUAAGAAACCGUGUGUUGAUGCAAGGUUAUACGACGAUUGGGAGGCUCUGUACAAGUCAGGACAGAGUACUGAUUUUGAAGUUGUUGUCGACUCCAAGGAGAUCCAGACACACAAAGCGGUGCUAGUGGCGAGAUCACCAGUCUUCCGAGCUAUGUUAGCUCACCCGAACACAGCUGAGAGCACCUCUGGCUGUAUUACAAUCGACGACUGCAAAUAUGGACCAUUCUGCAUUUUUCUCAAAUAUCUUUACACCGGAAACCUUUUUGACACAAAGCUAGAAGACAGGACGGCACUGGACCUGAUCGCGAUUGCAAAUAAGUACGAUGUGCCUGGGCUGAAAUCAGAGUGUCAAAACUUCCUGAAAUCCAACAUCACAGUGGAGAACGCGGCAGAGGUUCUCAUCAUAGCCGACAUGCAUGGAUGCUCGUCCGAACUAAUCAACACUGCAUUGGACUUCAUCAAGAAAAACUCAGACGCUGUCAAAGCACAACCUAAUUGGAAAUCACUUGUAGAACAGCACAGUCAUAUCUUCAUUGAUCAUUUUGUUUAGCGACUAACCGUCGAAAAUAACCCAAAAUAAAAACUCAGCCCGAGUACUGGGUGUCCCAAUAAAACUUCAAACCAACCGUUUUUCUCUUAUUUUUGAUGUGUAAAUUUUAAUCCACCGGAGCUGUUAGUUUUAUUGUCGUGUUCAAAUUUGACAAUUGGACAUAUAACUAUGACAUGAGGUGCUCUUUGUAGAAAAAGCGUUGAUGAAAAAUGACGAAUUAGUAAUUUUUCAUUUCUAUUUUCGUAUGGAUCCUGAAGCUUCUGUACGUGAGUGCAAAUGCUCUCGAGGCACAAGAAUCCUCUUCAAUUUCAUAUUCGAUAUUUGUGUUCUAAUUCAAUUUCUUUGAAUUUAGCUAAGCCAACUUUUAGUGAAAACAUAUUAUGUUGCCAUUGUUUUAUAUCUAUGUUAAACAUCUUCAA